GCCAUAUUUUGGGCUGUCUUUCAGCAGUGUGCAGCCACUAUAGCCCUAACCCACGCUUUCCCUUCUUCGAUGCAAGUGCCAGAUUAGAAAAAAAAACUUGAAUCAGCAGGACUGACAUUUUGUCCUUCACGUCUCCACCAUCCGCCCACCGCCUUUCUUCCAUCACUCUUCCUUCCCAAUUGUCCAUUUCCUCAUCCCAUUUUUCUGAAGUCAGUUCAAGAAAAGGCUGACUCCUGAUUGAUUUCUCUCGCUUGAUUUUUGUUUGCAUUUCUUGUUUUGUUUAGUUGGAUGUCUUAAUCAAGCUUAUUUGCUUUAGUUUUUGUUUUUCAUUGCCUUUCCUUUGCAAAAAGGAAAUGAACUCAAAUGUGCACAAAUGCAACGGCAACAUCUGGCGGCUGGUUGAGCUCUGCGGAAGUUCCAGAUAUAAGGUGUGUUGAGAGAUGGGCUAGUGCACUAUUGCUGACUCUGUCACAAACGUAUGAACAAACUCAGACCUAACUAGUCGAAUGUGGUCAAAUGGAAAACAUAGCCAUUGCUGAAGUACAUACAGUGGUGCCUUAAGAUGCUCAUUCUGUGAUCACGUUUAUAACGCAAAACACUUGUAUUCAUUAGCCUGCCUAUGGCGUUUCCCAUAAUGUGUUAGCAUUAAGCUAGAGGACCUGGGCAAAGUUAUGUGGUUGCUUUAAAUACACAAUGUUAUUCUCAUUAUUAUUUUUUUAAGUUUAGCUUGACAGUAAACGUCCACUGGGGGUGGCAUUUAAAAUAAUUUCUUUUUUUUUUGAAAAAGAAGAAUUCUUUAUCUACUAAACUGCUUUUUAUUGUGAAGUGAGCGGAACUCACUGCCGCCAUACAGUGCUUGUGUCUCAAAUUUUUGCUUGCAUGUCAAAGCAAAAAUCAUCCACACGAUGGCUCUUGUCUCAAAAACCCGUAAGCCGAGUAACUCUUAUCGCGAGGCAGGAUGUCGGACAAUUUGUUCCGCGCUGUUUUUCCCCAUAAUUCAUGACUAAAAUAAGGCAGCCUUUUUCCAAGAAACAGCUUUUUAUUCCAGCAAACCUGGCUUCCAUAUCAGUCUUGAUUAGCACUGCGCCUCUCCGUGCCGCAAAAAUAUUAACCAUACGUAGUGAUGCAAUCAAAGGGUUACAGCAGUCCCAUUGGGUGACACACACCAUUAGACUGUUGUCAGGCGUAUCUUAGACAAGGCAGCAGACAGGCUGCUUGUAAUGGGAUGAGAUAUGCUAUCUUUAUUGUCAAAACAUAAGAAUGAAGUUCAGGGGGGACGGAUUAGCUUUCCUGACAUUGGGCCGUUUGAACUGCAUGCCAAAAUGAAUUAGAUGCCGUUGCACCCUUGUUUGUGUGCUCACAAAUGACAGAAGCACUCACAGGAAAAAGGCGAGACUUGCCGGCUAAUCAACUGAUAAUGGCACUCGCGCUCUCUGCCCGGCAUCCUGCGUGCACGCUCACGGCACGCUUGCUUCACACGGGCAGCCCUGUGUGAUUUUGAUUGUUUUAUUGUUGUUUUUAGGGAGGCGUAAGCUUUGCGAGUUUUUCUGAAAGUGUCUUGUACACAGUGAGCAGAUGAUUAAUCCGACUGGUGACCCGCUUGCCUGGAGUCAGGAAGUUCCACCUUUUUGCAGUUUAUUGCCCCCCCCCCCCCAAAUGUACAACAUCACAACUUCAAUGUCUCUCAUUCAAAUGCAAGAUCAAGUGUUCAUGUGCAUGCUUCACAUUUUGUGCAUGCUUCACAAGUUUUUCCCAAUAAAAUGCUAAACUAAAGUUACAUGAAACACAGUGAAGGGUGUGCGGCCAUCUCAGAAUGCACCACCCAGCCUCUUCCUGCACUGAUAACAUAGUGAGAGAUGUCAGUGGGCAGAAAGAAAGGAUGGGUGUUGGAGCAGUGUCAGAUCCUUGACUUUUCUUUCCCCCCGACCCUUUAAGCGGCCUCCACCUGAGGAAGUGAAACCUGCACAGCGUCUAUUUAGUUCCGUCAGACAAGACAAACACUUGAGAUGUUAAAGCCAGCAUUGUUCCAACGCAUACAUUUGAUCUUACAACAGAUCCAUCCAGUGGAGCGUUUUAAUAUGAGCGGAAAAUGGUGGGACGAUUAGAAAUGAUAUGCCAGGAAAACUGAAGUACUGUCUAUAUACGAUGUUCAGAACAGUUAUGCUGUAGUGACACAUGAGGGGUACCUCAGAAUCAUCUUUAUUUUGCCAAGUAUGUCAAAAAAAAAAAAACACAAGGAAUUUGUCUCCGGCAGUUGGAGCCACUCUAGUACGACAAUAGACAAUCAAUAUAUUAAAAAAAAAAAAAAAAACAUGCUACAUUUUUACUGUUUUAAUUGCGAGAGAAAGCUACAAGUAGAUGACACUUUCAAGCAAAUAAGAUCUCAACUUAGUCACAAACUGCAGCGUCAACAAACAGGCUUUGGUCAUUUAUUGAUUUUUUUUUUACAUGCCAUUUAAUCAUUAUUAAAGAAACUUUCAAAUACAGUUUACUUCAAAAUAAACUUCCAUGAAUAUUAGGGGGAAAUUUUAUUUUUUAUUUUUAUUAGUGUUGGCAGAUUUUGUGCAGCCACAGGGACGCACACAAUCAAGAAAAUGACGACACUGGUUAGUUCUCACGUUUAUUUUGUAAGUGAAUCACUACUUUGUUUAAAGUAGCUAUUUUACGAAUUUCCUUAAUUUAAAAACAGUCACCAGGUGUCUUGACAUUGUUUGGUCAAAAUGCUGUAAAUAAAGAAUAACCAAUGAUAGUACACUUCACAUCCACUUGAAAUCAUUGGUCUAGCCGUUAGCACGUCUGCGUCACAGUUCUGAGGUUUACGGUUCAAAUCCGAGCUCUAUAUGCCCUGUGAUUGGUUUGGCGACCACUCUGUGAUCGGACAAAUGGAAUAGAAAAGAGACGGACUGAUUUUGGAAUGACCUUAUUUAAUACUUAUUGAAAUGUUCAAAGUUGGAAACUUUCCAGAGGAAUAAACAUAUCACAUACACCCAUAUCAAAAAAUAUCAACCUUCUAAUAAUGUGUUGAGAAUUACCACUCAUGCUAAAACACUUAAAACAAUGCAUCUGGUUGUCCGAUGUUUUUUUUUGAUGUCCUUAUCGAAUAAAUUGUAUCUAAUAAAUCAUGAACUUCAAAAAUUGAAGGUUAAUUCUUAAUAUGAAACUCAAAUAUGGUUGAGGAAACUCUUUGAGCAUAAUCCUUAUGUAAAAAAGCCGAUUUUGGGCAAAUACAGUUAUAGUGGUACCUUGAUGUACGACUGCCCCAAAUGGAGAGUUUUAAAAGUUACAAGCUGUUGCUUAGUGGAUUUUUUUUUCUUUCUCCCCCAUUGUGUGGCGAACCACAAUUGGAGUUAGGAGCAUUGGGUAAGAUGCCUCUUGAGUGAAGUGGAGGAAAAAUGUAUAGCAACCAAGGUACUGUAACGCCUCUUGUGGCUUCGCAGGAAGCUCAUGCAGUCACGCAGCCAUGUACUCCCAUCCUGAAAUGGGGGAGGAAGAAGUUCAGAAGAGGCAGAAAGCGGCAACAAGGGGGAGGCAGAAGGAUUGGGUGCCAAAAAAAAAAAAAGAAUAACCACAACUUUAUUUCCAUCUGCAGCCCACAGAUGCUUGCUUCCUUCCUUUACUCCCUUUCAUGUUACAUUCUCAAAUUGCUUUGAUGAAACAUGUCGAAGAUGUAAACGUUACUUUUUUUUUUUGCGUGUGUCUGAGUCGAGUCCCGCGUUUGUCAUGGAGGCUGAUAUCUCUCAUCUGUGCUCGGUCUUGUUUAUUGAUUAGGACAGGACAAUGCUGUUUCACACUGCCACCCUUCCCUACGACAUCCUGGGAUCUUCUGAAAUCUUCCCCAGCGAGGAUGCAACCUUUGGUGACCUUUGCAGGAGCACCGCAGCGUUGUAAGUCUUAUUUAGAACAUGAUCCGGCACAUGAGAAAUGAAACAGAUGGAGCGAUACCGUGUAGGUAGAUAGAUAUAGAUUGAUGGAUAGAUCAAUCGAUCGAUAGAUAGAUGGCGCUGUAUGGCACAGUAUCAUUCUGAGACUAGUUUCUGAUUGUUUUCCCUAGUCGGGUAGCUAAAUAGGUUUCCCAAAAUAUUAACACUUUUUGGUGUGAUUACCUUUGUUAGGAGAUACGAAGCUGCAAGCUGUUUAUUGCUCCUCCCAGUUGAAGUUGACUAUCAAACUAAACAUACAGCAAAACAAAGAGAAUUGCAUGUUGUAUAUGCUCCACAAUUAUGACAAAUAGAGCCCGCCUCCAAACUGUGAGACGCUGCGUGCGUGUCCGCUCGAUGCUCCGAAAACACCCCCCACUCGAACUUGAACUGUCCCAGGACCCUGAGCAUUUGGAGGGCCCCCUUUUGAAGAACUGUCCAUAAGCACCCCCAACAAAUUGCUUUUGGAAAUUAAAGAAUUAAAAUAUGACGUUUCAACCAAGUACUGUAUUGUAUUUUAUUUACAUUUUGCUAUCUUGUUAAAAAAGAAUUCUAAAGCGCUCUCAAAUUUUGGGGGUGCUUUUACUGACUUUAGGGAUGCUUCCGCACCCCCCAGAAUGGACGAAACACGCCCAUGUGUUUCAGCAUUGAUCUUCAAACAUAUUCAGGGUCUUUAAAAUACACAUUGCAUUUUGUUUUCGGGGAGAGGCUGGAACGGAUUAAUGGCAUUCUCCAUUCACUUCAACGGAAAAAGAUGUUUUGAUAUAAAAGUUACGAGCGUGGUUACAAAACGAAUUCAACUCGUAACCAUGUGAUAGCAGAUGUCAGCCUUGGGACUGCAAAUGAUUGUACUCGCCUAAUUUAUAGCAUUAUUAUCAGACACAUUUAAUGACUCUCCCAGCUAUUGUUCUGAGAUGGAUAUAAAUAAAAUGUUGUUUUCGAGUGUUUUCAGCAGAAAGGUCUUGGGGGCACCAACUUGGUUCCUCAAACACAGGAAGUAGGGGAACCUUUUCGGGGUGUCAAGGCUGGACACUUGUUUUCUCUGCAUGACCUUCACUUUCAAGUCCAUCUAUUAUUAACACAAACUUGAUUUAUUUUUCUUUCUUUUUUUUUUUUUUCUUCCCCUUAACAUUUGACCUGUUUUUCCUGGUUAUUGAUUGAUGAGCCCAAAAGUGCAUUUGAACUGUCACACCCAUUCGUCUUGGCAAUUGGAAGCAAGCAACGAGUGGCCAGCGCCGUGAUCUGAUACGUCUGAUAUGUUGGUGAAUUGGAGGCGUGCGCUAUCCCGGCGCAGUGGGAGCGCGCAGAGGAAGGGAGGGCAAUCUGCUCCAGACUCUAAUAAGACCCAAUGACUGCUGCAAGGUGGCCAGGAGCGCUGCGACUCGCCACGGGUGGACAAAAGAGGAAGACAAAAGAGGAUGACGCCGUGACAGUCGGAUUUUUAGCAGGGGGGAUUUGGAGCGCCAGUUGUGUGGCAGAGUGGCCAUGUCGUGACAGGUAGACGAUGAAGAUGACUCGAAAUGCUCAGGUGGCUUUAAAUAAGCAAAUACACAUGAGUGCAACCGUAGCACAGAAUCCUAUUGAAAUGUCUUAUAGGUGUUAAGAGUUGAUGAACUUGCACUUUCUGGUUCAUUUCAAGCCAAAAGGAUGUCCUAACACAAAUUGAGUUUUCAUGCUCAAGCUAUUAUCAGUGCUUUGGAAUGGACCAAGCUUUGACCCCAGCCUACAUGUCACCCACCUGAAGCAUCAAGCCUCCUCAAUGAAGAAGCAGCCCCGCCGGGCCCGCAGCGCCCGGCUCGGCCUACUCGCUCUGUUGACCUGUCUGUGCCUGGCCGAGGGGUGCGGGCCGGGCCCCGGCUACGGCGUCCGGUCCAGGCCCAGGAGGCUGACGCCCAUGCACUACAAGCAAUUUUCCCCCAACUUCUCAGAGAAUAACCUAGGGGCCAGCGGGAGGGCAGAGGGCAAGAUCACAAGGAGCUCGGAGCGCUUCAAUGAACUGGUGUGCAACUACAACCCAGAUAUUGUCUUUAAAGAUGAAGAGAACACCAAUGCGGACCGCUUCAUGACAAAGCGCUGCAAGGAGUGUUUGAAUAGGCUGGCGAUAGCAGUGAUGAACCAGUGGCCAGGCGUGCACCUGCGGGUCACAGAGGCCUGGGACGAGGAUGGUCACCACCCUCCCGGAUCUCUGCACUAUGAAGGUCGGGCUGUGGACAUCACAACUGAGGACAGAGACACGGACAAAUACGGACUGCUCUCCCAGCUGGCUGUGGAGGCAGGUUUCGACUGGGUCCACUACGAGUCCAAAUAUCACAUCCACUGCUCUGUAAAAGCUGAUCACUCAGUUGCAGUGGAAAAAGGAGGCUGUUUCCCAGGCUGGGCCCGGGUGACUGCUGCUGGAGGGGGGCAUAAGCGCAUGUCAUCACUAGCUCCUGGGGACAAAGUGAUGGCCGUGUCUACGACAGGUCAAAUAGUAUUUAGCCCAAUCCUGUUCUUUCUGCACCGGGACCAGGAAGCCCGGGUCACUUUUCUGUCUCUGGAGACAGAAGACGGCCAUAGAUUGGCUGUCACGCCACACCACCUAGUCUUCUUAGACCCCGACUGCGCACUUGACAAUAGUAAGUACCGAGCGCGAUUCGCCAGCAGAGCCCGAGCCCAGCACUGCGUUUUAAUCCACCGAGCAGACGGUCAGAUACGUCCAUCUCGAAUCAGUUACCUUUCAAUCCAAGAGACCACGGGAGUGUACGCACCUUUGACAGAAGAUGGGACUUUGUUUGUGGACGGGGUGCUCGUGUCCAGCUACGCACUAGUGGAAGGGCACACGCUGGCACAUUGGGCGUUUGGACCUCUGCGACUCAUCACCUCAUUCAAACGCCUACUUUGGGGGGAAAGCACAACGCAGGAGCAGACGACUUGCACUAACACAAGCUCACUACAUUUUAAUACAGGUUUCUAUGUGAGUAAUAGCUCUCCUAUUGUACAUCAGGAUGUGGAUGGAGCUUGGAGAAUGGAAACGAAAGGGACACUCAAUCAUCAGACGUCAAACGUGCACUGAGCCAGCUUCUGUAGCCGGAGAUCAGAUCGCCAAGGUCCCCGCCUUCGGCCACUGCCCAGCUCACGUUACACCCGACCCCUAUGGCCCCUCCCACAGGUGGUGAGCCCAUGGGAAGGGGGACCCACAUUACCCUUUCGUGCUGUGCCUGGCCAGCCUCCAUAGGCGCAGGCCCGGCCACCAGGCGCUCACCUUCGAGCCCCAGCUCCAGGCCUGGCUCCAGAGGGGGACCCCGGUGACCCGUGCCCAGCAAGGGAAAACGGCUUUCAGUAUUUUUAAACAACUCAGGGGUCUUUGGAGUCAUGCUUUGUGUGGCCCCUCACCUAGGACCUGUUUGUUUUUGUUGUUGCCAGUUAAGUUGCCAGACAACUUAGCUCCUAGAAUCAUUGGGAUAGACAAACCCCUCCACCACGAUAAGAUGACGGCUUAAGGAGGGGCAUGCUCCACCGCAAGGAGACCCCAAGUACGACCCAGGACACGCCUGGGAACGCCUCGGGAUCCCCCCGGAAGAGCUGAAUGAAGUGGCUGGAGAGAGGGAAGUCUGGGCUUCCAUGCUAAAACUACAGCCUGCGUGACCCGACCUUGGCUAAGCGGAAGAAAGUGGAUGGGUGGCAUUAAAAUGUAAUUUAACAAGGAACUAAAGUUUUCUG